GGCGGGGCAAAAUAAAAGUGAAACUAAAGGUUGAACAGCCGCUCGAGUCCUGGAAGCAUUUCCACUGACUUGUGAUCGGUCAGGUGUACAGGGAAUUCCUUAAGAUGGCGACGUGGCCUGAGAUGUCAGCAAUCAGCUUCAGUCCAGAUGAUCCAGUGAUCCGGAUUCUUCUGAUGGGCAGAGACGGUUCUGGGAAAAGCUCAUCUGGAAACACUAUACUAGGAGAAAGAAAGUUUAAAGUCCAAAAACGUAGGAAGAAACACGAAGCUGAAGUCUGUGAAGAAGUAAUGCAGAUUGGUGGGAAGCAGGUGCACGUGAUAAACACUCCAGAUCUGCUGGAUCCAGAUUUGAGUAAAGAGAAGCUGAAGAUGUUGAAAGAGCAGCUUGUUUCUCGAUGUUCAGCAGGUCUCAGUGCAGUUCUGCUCACAGUUCCUCUAGAGGAACCUGUGCAAAAUGAAGAAGAGAUCCUGGAUUAUAUUAGACAUUUAUUUGGUCCUGAAGUUCAGAAAUACAUCAUGAUUCUGUUCACACACAAAGAUGAACUGGAGGAUCUGGAUGAGACCAUUGAUGAACAUCUACAGAAGAAAAACAAUGCAGAUCUACAGCAACUGGUGUCUGAAUGUGGAGGAAUGUUUCACUGUUUCGAUAACAAGAAAAAGUCAACUGAUCAGAUACAAGAACUACUGCAGAAGAUUGAAGGAAGGAUGAUGGAGAAUGGAGGGAAAUUUAUCAUGAAGCAAAUGAGGAGACGUAACAGCAUGGAAACUGCUAAAAUCAACUUUUCAGGAGAGUCUCCAUCAGAAGAUCCAGAUGUGAUUCCAGUGAUUCCUGAAAGGAAAGACCAGAUCAGGCUGGUUCUGCUGGGAAAAACCGGAUCUGGGAAAAGUGCCACUGGAAACACCAUCAUCGGCAGAAACGUGUUCAAAUCCUCCACUAGUACAGUCUCUCAGACGAAACAGUGUCAGUCAGAAACUACAGUGAGGAUGGGUAAACAGAUCUCAGUGAUCGACACACCUGGACUUUAUGAUACUGAACUCAGUGAGGAGGAAGUUAUAAAAGAAAUAGUUAAAUGUGUAAUGUUCACUUCUCCUGGACCACACACUUUUAUUAUUGUGAUGAAAACAUCUCGAUUCACUGAGGAAAAUAAGAAAACAAUAGAGAAACUCAAAGAAGUGUUUGGAGAACAGAUAAUAAAACACACCAUGAUCCUCUUCACACACAAAGAUCAGUUAGUCAAGGAAAAUAAAACCACUGAGCAGUUUCUAAAGGAAAGUGACCCAGAACUUCAGUCCCUCAUACGCAGUUGUGGAAACAGAUUCGUCUUUCUGGACAACAACUCUGCCAGUUUCCCACAGUUCAAAGAUCUGAUCAGUAAAAUAGAGAUGAUGGUGGCAGAAAAUGGGAGGCACUUCACUAAUGACAUGUUCAGUGAAACAGAGAAACACAUUCAGGAGAUUCAGAAGCAGAAAUGGGAUGAGAAAGAGAAGCAGCACAAACAAGUCCCUCAAACAGAAUGGGAGAAUAUAUACUGCCGGUUAGCAGAGUGUCGACGUGAUGCUCUGGAGUUCAUUGUUGCCGAAAUCUGUGUAAGCAGUUUAGCUUUAUAUCUGAAGAAAGCAUCAAUAAAGCCUGCAGUUGGUCUUGAGGGGGCUGUGAUCCUGGCUAUGAAGAUAAAACAGAGGAUGUGUGCAAUUCAGUGAGAGCACUCAAUGAUAAUUACAUAUAUAAGCUUACUGACGGACCAGCAACCUGUUGAGAUUUUUUAUAAAACUGUUUAAACUGCUGUUUAAAAUUCUGUAUUAUAUUGUAUUCUUUAUUGCCACUUGAUGGCUUUUUUAGAACGCUAAUGUGUUUUACACACUGUGCACUUUUAUAUUAUAAACAAAUGCCUAAUGACACUGGAAUCCACUAAACUCAUGUAAACUGGAGCAGCUGUUUGAGGGAUGGAGAUUUUAAUAUUGUGAGUACUCAGAAUCUGUCAUAUUUUCUUUCACAACCAAUUAAAGGAUUAGUAUACGCAAAAAAUGAGAGUUCUGUCAUUUUG